AUGACCUUGGCAGAAGAGAGCUUCCACGGGGCUCUGCCCCCCGCGCCUGGAGAGGCCAAGGCCGACACGGAUGGCACCAGCGAGAAGGAGGAAGCUCCGGGGCAGGCAGUGAUGAGGACUGGAGCAGCGGUGCCAAGGAGGCGAGCGGUGGGCAGGCUGGUCAUGCACAGCAUGGCCAUGUUCGGCCGGGAGUUCUGCUAUGCCGUGGAGGCCGCCUUUGUCACGCCGGUGCUGCUCAGUGUAGGGCUGCCCAAGAACCUCUACAGCCUCGUGUGGCUCAUCAGCCCUAUCCUGGGCUUCGUGCUGCAGCCCGUGGUAGGUUCAGCCAGUGAUCACUGCACCUGUAGCUGGGGCAGGAGGCGACCUUACAUUCUGGGUCUGGGCAUCAUUAUGCUGUUAGGCAUGGCUUUAUACCUCAAUGGGGACGUGAUGAUCUCAGCUUUCAUCGAUGAGAGAGACAAGCAGCGGACGUGGGCAAUAGUCAUUACCAUGCUGGGAGUAGUACUUUUUGAUUUUGCAGCUGAUUUUAUUGACGGUCCCAUCAAAGCAUAUUUAUUUGAUGUCUGCUCUCAUCAGGAUAAAGAGAAGGGUCUGCAUUACCACGCUCUCUUUACAGGUUUGGGAGGAGCCCUGGGCUACCUUACAGGUGCUAUGGAUUGGGGUCAAACUAUACUAGGAUAUACCUUGGCAUCAGAAUUCCAGGUGAUUUUCUUCUUCGCAGCCUUGGUUUUCAUAAUCUGCCUUACCGUACAUCUGUGCAGCAUUCCUGAAGUCCCACUCAGAUACGAAAACGAAGAGGCAAAGUUCUUGUUGGAAGCAACUGAACCCCAUAAAUACAGCUCCAUAGAGGAGGAAAUUAAGAAUGGUUACUUAAAAUCAGCGUGUGCCGAAAUGAAGGCUGCAGCCAAGCCAGGGAAAUGCACGGUUGCGUCACGCGCAGAGGAAAAAAGGCAGAUGACCCUUAAAUCCCUCUUGAAGACACUUUCAAGCAUGCCAUCCCACUAUCGCUAUCUCUGUGUGAGCCACCUCUUUGGAUGGAUGGCUUUCCUGUCCAACAUGCUCUUCUUCACGGAUUUCAUGGGACAGGUUGUGUACCACGGGAACCCUUAUGCACCUCACAACUCCACGCUUUACCUCACCUACAAAACAGGGGUAGAGAUGGGAUGCUGGGGACUGUGCAUCAAUGCAAUUGCUUCGUCAGUCUAUUCUUACUUGCAGAAAGUCCUUCUGCCAUACAUAGGAUUAAAGGGACUUUAUUUCAUUGGAUACCUACUUUUUGGACUGGGUACUGGAUUAAUUGGCUUGUUUCCCAAUGUCUAUUCCACUCUGGCUCUUUGUUCACUCUUUGGAGUCAUGUCCAGCACACUGUACACAGUGCCAUUCCACCUCAUUGCAACGUACCACAGGGAAGAGGAAGAGGUGAGUCUGCAGGAGGGGGAGCAAGCAGGGGAGCGAGGGAAGGGCAUCGACUGCGCUGCUCUGACCUGCAUGGUGCAGCUGGCCCAGAUCAUCCUGGGCGUGGGGCUGGGGCUGCUGGUGAGUGCUGCUGGCAGCGCCGUCACCGUGAUUUCGGCGUCCACCGUGGCGCUCAUCGGCUGCUGCUUCGUGGCUUUCUGCGUUCGCUACGUGGACUAGGACUGCCAGAAGAGGAGCAGCUGGAAGAAAUCUCCCCGGGGGAGCGUUUUCUUUCUGUUUUCUUUACCAGUAGCACUGGUGCUGGUGCUGUGCUGACGCUGCUGGCACGUCACCCUCUCUUACCUCCUUGG